UUCCGGUAUGCGCCGGAACCCGGAAGUAGCGACGGGCGGAGGGUCUACGGUUUAUCGGGAUCAUGGAUUGAGACAUUCCUGAGGCUCUUGCGACAUUGCCGGGGUGAAAUCCUUGGGAUGCUCCACUUGGAUAAGAGGUAGAAGAGCCGGGAGCCAUCAGGACGGCACAGGAAUCCGGGAGGAUGGACACACUCAGGAACAGGACGGUGGAGGAGCUCCGGGAGCUGCAGGAGGAUUCCCAGGAAAUCGAGCGCUUGGCUCUGGAAUCACAGGAGGUGCAGGAGCUGCAGCUGGAGCGGGAAAUGGCCUUGGCUUCCAACCGGAGCUUGGCCGAGCAGAACCUGAAAUUCCAGGCGCCGCUGGAAUCGGGACGAAGCGACCUCUCCAAGAAGUACCUGGAGCUGCAGGAACUGGCCGGGAGGUGCCGGGAGCAGAAGGAAAAGCUGGAGAAAUCCUCAGCAGCGCUGCAGCCUCAGACUCUGCUGGAGCUGCUCCAGGUGGAAAGUCAGAAGAUUGAGGAGGAAUCCGAGAAAAUGGCGGAGAAAUUCCUGGAGGGCGAAGUGCCCUUGGAAACGUUCCUGGAGCAGUUUGCCACCAUGAGGAAAUUGUCCCACCUGCGCCGGGUCCGCGUGGAAAAGCUGCAGGAGAUCGUGAGGAAGUCGGAGGGAUCCCAGGAAUCUGGCCGGGACUCGCAGCCUCCUCCUCCUCCUCCUCCUCUCCCUCCUGCUCCUCACAUUCCUGGCUCCGGGGAUCCUCCACAGCCCUUCCCAGCGGGAUCUCCACCCUUCCCCCUUCCCUACAGCCCAGCUCCCGCGCUCCCUCCCGGCCCCCCGGCCCACGGAGCGCUGCCUCCCGCGCCUUUCCCAGCAGCUCCGGCUUCUUCCCAGCCCGGCUCCCAACCCUUUCCUUACCCAGCUCCCGGAUAUCCGUCAGCUCAGGCUCCCAGAGCCGCCUCCGGAGGCUAUUCCUGGUCUCCAUCCCGGGCCCCUCCGCAGCCGGCGCCGUAUCCCGGUCCCAGUCCGUCUCCUCCUCCCAGGCCGGGAUACUCUCCCUACAUCCCUCCUGGAGCGGGAAGGCCACCCUAUCCCACCCAGCCCCCUCUCCCGAAUUUCCCGAUCCCGGCACAGCCUCCCUAUCCUGGGGCUCCCCCACCCUUUGGAUACCCCCCCCCUCCCAACCCUUCCCGUCCGGCUUGGCCUGGAUACUAAUCCAGGACUUUCCGGGAGCAUCCUCUGCUGCUUCCUUCUUUUUCUGGGGAUUGAGGAACAGGUGGAAUCCCAGGAAUUCCGUGGGAUGAGAGUCACAGCUCCAGGAGUCAGAGCCAGGUGAUUCCCAGCUGGAUAUAGCAAGAAGGGGCUGCCCCUCAGGGCUGGAAUUCCGGAGAGGAGAAGGCUCCAGGGAGACCUUGGAGCACCUUCCAGAGCCUAAGUGGGCUCCAAAAGAACUGGAAAAGGACUUGGAUAUAAUGGGCUGGAAUGAUGGGAUAAAGGGGAAUGGCUUCCCGCUGCCAGAGGAUGUGUUUAAUGGGAUAUUGGGAAGAAGUUCCUCCCUGCAAGGUUGGUGAAGCACUGGAAUGGAUUUCCCAGGGAAGCUGUGGCUGCUCCGUCCCUGGAAGUGUCCAAGGACAAGUUGGACGGGGCUUAGAUCCACCUGGAUUAGUGGAACGUGGUUGGAACGGGAUGACCCUUAAAAUCCCUUCCCACCCAGCCAUUCCAGGAUUGUCUGGGAGUCGGUGAUUCCCACCCAACCUCUGGUAUUCCCGACCUCCCGCGUGGUUUUCCGGGCUCCUCACAUCCCCCUUCUCAGGAAACACUUGGAGACAGAGGGAACGACAAAUACCGGGAAUGGGAUUUGCUUUGCUCAGCACUUUAUCCUACGAGUCCCGCCCGUAUCCCUGGAAGUUAUUUAUAAGGAGUGGUUACUAAUGGACUAGGAUGGGGCUUUGUGGGAUUUCAUGGAAGCAAUUCCAUCCCUGGGGUUAAUUACAGAAAUAAAACUGCAUUAAUUAAUUCCA